AACAAGAAGUGAUGAACUAUUUUCAGUUAGAACAUAGAAGAUAGCAUUAUCUUAAUAGGUUCCACGUGGCAUUUCCUAACUGGCACAAGAAAAUCUCCAAGAGGAGUUCUCAGUUUGCCACGUCAGACGAAGAUCAGAAUCCACUCAUUUAGGCUAAAGGCUAUCUCUUCAAACAAAUUUCAAAUCACCCAACAACACAAAAUAGUGAUCAAAGCUCAUGGCGUCUCUUGCAACUGUCGCCGCCGUGAAACCAUCCGUGGCCGUAAAAGGCCUUGGCGGAAGCUCACUCGCCGGAGCCAAGCUCUCCUUCAAGCCUUCCCGCCUAAGCAUCAAAACCAAAUCAAUCCGGUCUGGUGGUGUGGUGGCUAAGUAUGGAGACAAAAGUGUCUACUUUGACUUAGAAGAUUUGGGAAACACAACAGGUCAAUGGGAUCUAUACGGCUCUGAUGCUCCUUCUCCUUACAACCCACUUCAGAGCAAGUUCUUUGAGACAUUCGCUGCACCAUUCACAAAGAGAGGACUGCUCCUCAAGUUCUUGAUCCUCGGAGGAGGAUCUUUGCUUACUUACGUCAGCGCUUCCUCCACCGGUGAUGUUCUUCCCAUCAAGAGAGGUCCUCAGGAGAAGCCUAAGCUCGGUCCUCGCGGCAAACUUUGAUUUAGAUUCAUGCAUGUUUGUUACCUUCUCUCCCUCUUUAUAAUCCCAUAAACAUUUCUCAAUAUAUACUACAAUCUCUUCAAAUGAUUUUUGAUUUAUGUAUAUUAUGUUUCUCUUUUA